CCCCCUUUCAUUGCGUUCUGUAUUCUCCAGUCGGUUGAGAGUCGCUGCAAUUCCGCUCGUCAUUGUCAACUCUUCCUGUUAGAUUUUGGCUGAAGCUUGCAUCUUGACGCUGAUCUCACCUUGGUCUUCUUGUGUUGACGCUCGGUAGAAUCAGACUAGCUCGAUCGUCUCAGCCUUAUUAUCAACAACGAGGCGACAACCAAACUGGCCCCUCUUCCUACCGUGCACAUCAAUCGUGCUCUCGUACACGAGCCAAGCCGUUUAUAGUCCUCCUCGGCAAGACCAGUCUUCUGUACGCACUGUCUCCUAACUCCCAAAGAUGCAGACACGCUGAUUGCGGUAACUUGUCCCCGGUACUUGUUUCCACCACAGCACCAAGAUCGCGUUCCUCAGCCUACAUUGACUGAAGACGUAACCAGUUCCGCAUUUACCUGCACUCACAACUCCAUGUACGCUUUUGCUAAUUCAGCUUGUCGUCACAUCGCUCGUCAAUCUGAACAUUGGCAUCGUCAACGGCAUCAAUAAGUGGCUCGUCGACGUCCUCUUUGAUACCCUACUGCUUCAAAUCAACCUAACCCGUUGCUCGACCACAUAUCAUGUCUCAGUUCAAGCAUUGACAAUUGAAACGUUUUCAGCAGGCAGUCGUAGCAUUACCGAAAUCAUGGGAGAGUCACGCCCCAAACGCACAGCAGCUGUGAAAGCCGAGUCAGAGAACAAAAGACUCGCACUCGAUGCCAGCAAGCCGAUGGAAGCUCAGGAUCUGCAGACACGGGAAGACGACGAACGCGAGAAAACAGCUCCUCAUAGGAGGGCAUCGGCCCAACCCGACUAUGUACCAAAGAGUACCACUCGCCGUCACCCAUUUCAUACUGAUGGUACAGUCUCGCAGGUCCAGGUCCUGAUCCGACAAGCCAGUCCAGGUCAGGCAAAGACUACACCAUUACCCUCAAGUUCGACAUCGCAGAGUGUUCCAGCCUUCAGCAAUUUCCAGCAAUCUUCAUCCGAAUUAGUCACACCAGCUUUGCGUCGACAAGCACGACGUGUUCACUCCACAGGAAAUUCCCAGCGGUUGCUUCCUCCCACUUUCAGCAAUCCUGGUCCGAAGGUCCAGUGGCCAACUCCCGAUGCGGAGAUCAAGAGACUUCCACAUGUAGAAAGACAAAAAGAAAGUCUGACAAUUCCAGCCCAGCUCCCUAGGCUCCUGGAUCAGGUUAUCAGCUCGAACAGAGACAUCCGGCAACAAGCCAGUGCAAGAGCAGCAAACGCAGCAAGUUUCCUCAGCCUCGCGCAUCCACAACCUCAAAAUACCAUCCAUCACAGGUUUGAGAAAGCAAGUCCGGCAAAUCGUGCUUUUACAAAGACUGUCGAGGGACUUGUGACACCUCGGACUCCUCCCACAGACGCAGAUGCUGCGCAGGUCUUGGGAAGGCAGAUGACGACGGAGGACAUGAGACGGCUGGGUUUGCCUAAUAUUGAACCUGAGCAGAGACUCCAACAAGCCUACUAUGCUCAUCACAUGGAUGUAGCCCAGUGGGCACAAGGAGAACAAGCUCUGCAAGCUCAGUCUAGUCGAACGCCUCACUCAUUUCCAAGACCACAGCAACAUCCUCCUAACCAAUUCCCUGGGCCAAUAACCUAUUCAUCUUCAUCUAGGCAGCCUACCAGACUUGCUAACGUGUCUACAUAUGUUUCUAGUCAAAAGACUGGCGCAACCAGUGGCUUUAUCAACCCUUUCGGGGCUGGUUCAGGAGCUGACCCUGGAGUCGCUUCUGACCUUUCAAAGAUUGCCAGUGGACCACGAACCAAGCUACACGGGCGUGACGAUCACUUUCAAGAAUACAAACAGGGGUAUUCGACCGAAGAGCGCGAGGAUUCGGAUGCAACUAUAUCACCUUCGCCACGCAAGCCCCUUGGGCCAAAUAGAUAUUCUGACGCGACCGUCUCACCAUCCCCUCCCAAGAAUACCGAUCCAGUAAAUAAUCGUGUUGUCCCUUCAGUACCGCUUUUCCAGCAGGAAGAAGCGUUUUUUGGUACUCCAGUACGUCCUCAAGCUCCAAGUCACGCACGCGUGCUAAAUCAAGCACAGUACAAAGCACAUCUCCCUCAGGCUGGCCGAAUACAUACUGAUCGGCAGGUUCGAGCACCAAUACCUCUUUCCGAUAAUGAGCCUAUAGUCCGUCAACGAAACCUCGACUUCCAACACCAGUCUGCCUCUUAUGGAGUGGAUCCAACACAAUGGUACCAGCAAGAAGAGGAGAACUCCGCUAACUUCGCCCGAGAACUGGAAUAUGUGAAUUAUCAACAGGAAGUGGGUUCUAGAGGAGACUUCAUUCCCCUAGCAGGAGAGCUGCAACAAAACCUUACUGAGAGACUUUCCCACAUCGACGUUGUGGAGUCCAGGUUCCAGACUCGCAACUAUGCCUUAGUCACCACGGCAGAUCUCACGACUGAAGAAAAGGAAGAGCUCCGACUGUCUAGUACCUUCGCUACGAUGUUAAGGACCUUGAGGCGUGCUACGGAUAAGGACAAGGUACAAGAUGAGGAAAAAUGUUCCGGACAGUCCUCGAAGCCAUUUUUCGGAUGCUUGGCAGUGACACAAUUACCGCCUGCAGCCGAGGUUUCACUUCUGUCUCGCUCGCAAUCCUCUCAUGAGAUUAUAGCAGAAGAUAACGAUGAUCUCUGCGUCUUCUGUACCUUCGAGACUUGCUUUGGCAUUAGUGACUCACGAGUCUGGCUCCCACUAGAAGCAUCACCAGGCUAUUGCAAUGAGUGCCACGAAGAUACACAGCAGGUCUUCAGAAUGUGGGAAGGACCCUACAGACUACCUCAUGGUUUGAAUGAAGAAGCUAGGCAGAAGUACAAGAGUCUUAUUGAGAUAUCAACUGCAACACCUCUGAAGGAGCUCGGAGAUACUGCGGAUUUCAAGUCUCAGCAAAAGGUGGAAAUGAGCAAGCCCCAACGACAAAAUGCUAUUCUUAAUGCUUCGAACCCAGGCACGAAAGAUAGCAUAAGGAAACAACGAGAGCAGAGAAAGGAAUACAGUCUGACUAACUCUGCCAGAAAUGUCGCGAAUGUGCCUCGGGGAGGGAAGCUGCCGCAGAGAAGGGCAGUCAGUGGUGAUCUAAUCAGACAGAAUAACUUCCCUCCGGACGCCCAAAGAGGAGUUUCAAAUGGCAAUCGAGAACAUGAGCAGCUGGGCAGUUCAGCAAGAAACGUAACCCAAAUUUCAACACCACUGAGCAGUCAUACUGCCACUAUCCCCGACCUGCAUACAAAUCAGGCAGUACAAACAGCAUGGGUUAAUGGAGCGCCAUCAAUUGUCCCCCUGAUGGAAGGUAAGUUUGCCGUUGGUCAUCGAAAUGUCGGGGCGAGAAAUGACCAUGUUGGAGUUGUUACCCCCAAUUCGGCAUCUUGUAAGGAUGUUUUGGACCUCUCAGGUCCUUUUGGAUCGAUAUCCAAAUCCUCAUCAACCACAUCUAAAAUUGGAAGCCCGGCGACUGCAUUUCCCACAUCAUGUAAUGCCAACAUCUCAGGAUACCCUAACUCUACUAUGUCCGCACAACCCACCGGUGAAAAAAGUCCAUCGGGCAUCCCACUAUACUUCAACGCAGGACCACCUGAAUGUUUUCUUGGUCCUCCAUCGUUCAGCAGUGCUCCGAUUUUCUGCCGCGGCUGUCCGUGGCGUCAAGUUGACUUCACUAAAGCCAAGAUCUGCACCGCUUGUCGGGAUUGCAAGUUCCUCAUCUGCAGCCACACGCACCACUUACACUUCACAUUGCUGACUGAACUUGCUGGUGUCAUGAAUGGCGAUCACGAAGGACAUGGUUUGGGACGAGUCUCUGGAAGUGGACGAAUCACCGCCGAUGGUCGGUAUGGCAAUUGCAUGGUUUGUCCUGGCCAGGCGACUCAUGGCUGCAAUGAUUGCCCGUUGAGACUCUGCGCAGAGUGUGUAGUCAGGUUGAUGAAGUUGUGCAAGGGCAAGAUGAACGAACUUCUGAACUUUUACAAUAAUGGCCGAGACCACAUUCGAAAUGACGUGAGGAUUGAUUGGAACUUGCAUCGGCGCACCGUUGAUCAGAGAGCUCCCCCAUUUCUUGAUUUCGCUAGUUUAUCUACCCCCACAGAACAAGAUCUGAAAAGUAGUUCCAAGGGAAAAUCCUUUCAAGUGCAAUCCGCUUAA